AUGAACGAAAUUAAGUCACUUGAACACGCUACUCUGAAGGUGCCAUAUGAAGUCUUCAAUAAGAAAUACCGUAAUGCUCAGCGUAUUCUGGAUGUUGAGGCAAGGCAGGUGGGCAGUGCAGCUGGAGACUUGGACAUGACUGCAAGGAAAACUGGUGUCACUACUGGGGAAAUCGACUCUUUACUUGGAGGAAUGGUGGAGAAGUUGAAUACAAUGAAACGCAAGGCAUCUGAAGCCAUCAAUGAAGAAGUGCAAGCGGCUUAUGUCUGCAAGAAAAGACUCGAGCACCUUAAAGAGCAGGCUGAAGCUUUGCAGGACCCCAGUUCUACACAAAGGGAAACGGAGCCGAUGAGAGUUCGCUACGCAGUUCCAGUUCGGACGUCUUUGAAUCACUGGCGUAAGGUGCGCCUUGAUCGUAUGCUCGUGGAUUAUUUCCUGAGGAAUGGGUAUUACGACUCAGCCAACAAGCUUGCCGAUGCCAAGGAUCUGAGGGAAUUGACCAAUGUUGACAUCUAUCAGGCGGCGGCAGAGGUGGAGCGUGAGCUGAUAGCGCGGCGCACGGCGCGCUGCCUGCAGUGGUGCGCCGACAACAAGUCCAAGCUACGCAAGCUCGGCUCCACCAUGGAGUUCAACAUACGCAUUCAGCAUAACGCAUCGUGUCCUGCACACAUCUACCCGCAGCGGUACGCCGACAACAAGUCCAAGCUACGCAAGCUCGGCUCCACCAUGGAGUUCAACAUACGCAUUCAGGAGUUCAUAGAGCUGGUCCGUGAAGACAAACGCUUGGAGGCAGUGCGUUACGCGAAGAAACACUUCUCUACUUACGAGAAGGAACAGCUUGAAGACAUACAGCACUGCAUGGGGAUGCUGGCUUUUCCUAAAGACACAGAGGUGGAACCGUACCGCGGGCUGCUGGCGGGCGGGCGCUGGCGCGCGCUGGUGGAGCAGUUCCGCGUGGAGCAUGCGCGGCUGCUGCACCCGGCGCGCCUGCCCGCGCUGCCCGCUGCGCUACAGCUGGGCCUGGCGGCACUCAACACGCCGCAGUGCGCGCGCGCGGGGGCGGCGGCGGCGGGCUGCCCGGCUUGCGCGCCACCGCUAAGCGCGCUGGCGCGUACGCUGCCGCACGCGCACUGCUCGCACUCGCGCCUGGUGUGCCGCAUCUCGAACGAGCCGCUCAACGAGCACAACCAGCCCAUGGCGCUGCCCAACGGACAGGUCUACGGCGAGAAGGCUUUAAAGGAAAUGAUGAAAGAACACGGAUCAAUCAUAUGCCCAAAGACAAAGGAGGUUUUUUGCAUGAAACGUGUCGAAAAAGUCUACGUAAUGUGA